CCGACCGGUUAUGUGAUUCAACAGCAAGAGUUAGACCUGAUUGUGAAGACGACAUCUCUGAGCAAUUUAGAGGAGGCGCGUCAGUACGACCGCAAAGUUGUCUUUUAUUUUGAUUACUUGGAUAUUAACCCGACGUGUGUGUCAUUCACUGUCCAGCGUUGGUAUCCGGUCGCUAAUUUGACUCGUUAUAUACCGGUGCGAGUCUACGACUAUUACGCUCCGGGUAUUACUUAA